UAACAUUCUUAAUCUACCAUAUGCAAAGGUAUACUGAGAGGAAGUGCUCUGUAUUGUGCAUGUGAAACCGAGCACAAAAGGCAAAUAUCUGAUGUGGGAAACGCGAUCGGGUCAGAAACCAAAACUUCUGUCAAUAGGGCUUUUCCUAAAUACAUUUAGGAGUAGCUUUCGUUUUUAGUUCAAACAACAACUUUAUUUUGUAAUGUUGGCCUUCACUACCAUAAUGAGAUUGUUGAUUCCACCAACAUAAUAUUUGGAACAGAACCCCGUAACCAAUUAUAAAUAGCUGGGAUUGCUCUAGUAAGACAGCUGAUAUCUCAUAACCAUGGCCAGCUCUUGAAAUAAGGUGGCUUGAAAAUGGUGUCUUUUUAAGCGCCAAAACUUCUCGAUCACUUCCUAGUUGAACCUAAUAUACUGUCGAGUAGUUAUUAAUAUAAGUCGUCGAAGUAUUCCAAACUUGGGUAGCUUGACAGCAUCACAUCGACUGCCCCUUCGUUCUGUGCUAUUCUUAUUCAUUUUGUUCUGCAUAUAGUCGGCUUCCAGCCUUUCACCUCCUUCCGCCCAUCCAAAUAAUGCGAGGCCGGGAAUGCACCGUUAUAUUUUUAUAGACUUUUAUAGAAACGUGACAAUACCCCUAAAGGCUCAAAAAGGAAUUAUUACCAUAACAAUAUAAAACGAAAUUUCAGUUUGUCUCCGCUAUAAAUUUGCACAUGCGAAGUACUGAAGUUUAACGAAAGGACUUCGUUUUGAUCUGUGUAGGAAAGUCAUGGGCUAUCAACUAGCAGAAGCUGACAGAGACAAGACUGAUCCCAAACACUUAUGCACCAAGUGCAACAGUGUGUUAAAGGAACCAGUUCAGACAACGUGUGGGCAUCGCUAUUGCAAAGAGUGUAUCAACUCUAUUCUAAGUCAGAAACCAUCAGAGAGUGAAUGCGUUGCUGAUGGAACCAUCCUCACGAAAGAAGAAGUUUUCCCGGAUAAAUUUGUUGAACGUGAGAUCCUUUUACUGGAACUUCAUUGUUCUCGUCUUGAUAAAGGCUGCCAAUGGAAAGGAAAGUUAAAGCAUCGUCAGGACCACGAGAAUGUCUGUGAAUUUGGAGAAAUCCAUUGCGUUCAUCCCAAAUGUGGAAUUUUGGUGCAAAGAUCCGAGCUGGCUAAUCAUCUUGAAAACAGCUGCAGCUACAGGGAAGAGUUGUGCACUUACUGUGAAAAAAGGAUCGUGUUCGUUGAUAUGACGGCUCAUCACCAGACUGAUUGCCCUCAAUUUCCAGAGCGCUGUCCGGAAUGUGGGAAACAAGAUAUUCCCCGGAGUCAGAUAUCUACUCACUUGGAUCCAGCUGUAGGUGAUUGUGAAGAAAUCAAAACAUUGUGUCCAUUUAAGACAGUUGGAUGUAAAGAAACUAAGGCGAUGGCUCUAGAUGAAAGAGUGAAUCACCUUAAGGAGUGCACGCCAGAACACUUGACUUGUAUACUGCAACACGUAAAAGAGCUAUCCUUGCUCGUUAACAACACCUUGCAUCUUACGUCACUAAACAAAACUAAUGGCUCAGUUAAUCCAAUAGAAAAGCAACUCGAGCAGUCGAUGAAGCAAAUUGGAGCGGUUUUGGUGGAAACAAAGAGCCUGAAAUCAGAAGUAGAUCAACAAGAUUCUCGAAUCAAAUCUCUGGAGACCGUUAAAGACCAGUCUACUUUGCCUGUUAGCUCAAGCUGUAGUCAGAAAAAUGAGCUGCAAGAAGCGACGAGAAGAAUGCAUAAUCAAGAGGCCAAACUUGCUGAUCUUGAGGUAUUUGUGAUAGAAGGAAACAAAGUUAAUGAGGAUCUGGAGCGUCAGGUGAACCUGCUAAAGAGAGAGCAAGAAGGUUACAAGGAAACGAUUCGAAAAUUACAGCGGCAUGUCGAAUCUUUGGAGCACACAUUGAGCAUGCGUAAUGUGGUGUUAGCUGACUUGGAGGAGCAGGUUAAACAGAAGGAAAUCUCCAAUUAUAAUGGUGUUUUGCUUUGGAAAAUAUCCGACUUUGCUCGAAAGAAACAAGAAGCAGUCACAGGGAGGCAAGUUUCCCUUCACAGCCCAUGCUUCUACUCCAGCAGUUAUGGAUACAAGAUGUGCGUGCGCCUGUAUUUGAAUGGAGAUGGCAUGGGCCGAGGCACACACAUCUCACUGUUCUUCGUCGUCAUGCGUGGUCAGUAUGACGCGUUACUCCGCUGGCCAUUCAGACAGAAGGUCACGUUCAUGUUGCUGGAUCAGGAUAACGUAGAGCACGUGAUCGACGCCUUUAGACCUGAUCCAAGCAGCAAUUCGUUUCAAAGACCAAAAAGAGAAAUGAAUAUCGCCAGUGGCUGCCCUACCUUCUGCCCUCUGUCGGAGUUGAACAAUUACGCAUAUGUCCGAGAUGACACUAUGUUCCUCAAGAUAAUGAUUGAUACUGCAGACAUUUGAAAUUUUCUAGGGAUGAAAAAAGUGCAUUGUAGUAAAAUAAAUAUCUUAUUGUGAUACAAUACUGCAGACCCCCUAUAGCGAAAAGAAGUUAUAAAUUGAACAAAGGAAAAAUGCACCACCCCUUCCAUAAAAAUACGUAGGAAUAAAAAUAACAUGGAAUAAGAUAAAACACUAUUUCUGUAGUUAGGUAGAACAUACAAUCAUGAAACACAUUUAUUAUAGAAGGUGUAUAUAAUAAUAAAAUCAUGCAGAAUUAUAUAAUAUUUGCGUAUAUAUUAACGAGGGGUAACAGGGGUAACAGACAAGGAAUUUCUUUUCGAGCAAGGAGAUCUGUAUCUUUCAUAAUAACGGCCAAUUCUUGAAACAGGUGCAUGCAAGAACGAUUAAUUAUAUUGUACAUGUGGGCGUACAUGAACGUUCAUACCUACGAAGUAAUGGGGGUAUUAGAGUGAGGAUUAAUUUGUUAUUAGUGUAGAAAAUUGCACGAAUAAAAAAGCCAAAGUUUUUGUUAUUCUAUAUGCGAAUUGCUGUUCUAAUUGUUAUUAUAAUUCCAACCCGUGCGGUAUUUUUGAGUAUAUGACGUUUGAGUAAAUGACAAUUUUCAACCAAUACUUGAAACAGGAAAAAUUAUUGGCGGCGGUAAACUCUCGGAGAUAAAAGUGCAAAAAACAUGAGUUUUAAUGUUGGUAAUUGAUUGAAAUUUGGCAAGAUAUCUAGGAAAGACCUAUUGUGUACGAAAAUGUGAAAACUGGAUACUCGAGAACUUGAUCAUAGGUGCAAUUAAGUGUUAAAAAUAGUAAUAAGGUAUGUGUUCUUGUUAUUAUUGUUGUUGUUGUUGUUCAGUG